GCGUUGACCACGACGUUCACCGCCCCUGUGCAUAUGGACUCAACGCUUCCAACGACCUUCAAGCAACGCACUUCAGGGGGCUCGUGAUGACGCCUCAAUACAACGAACCCCGAACAAGCCCAGUAAUUCUUGCAGCGAAGGACGAGGAACAUGGCUAAUCAUGGUUGUCUGAGUCGUCGGACUGAGACACUCUUCGUCACGAGGGUCUCAUAUCCUCGAGGACGGAGAGACGAAGAACCUCGUCCUGCUUAUGGUGACCUGUCUUGACGCGUCGUAGCGGUCCGUCGUCGUAUGCAUUCAUCUCCAUUCGUGUUAUGCGCUUGGUAUGAAUGGUGCAACGUGAUACAGUCACCUGUUGGUCGACCGCACGCGUCCAUGCAUGCCCGACACGCUUUUAUACGUCUGCAAUGCGAAGGGUGGAUAAUUCAUAGGACACUCGAGGACUCCCCCCCUCGCAACAUCACCUUGUAUCCACUAUGCUUGUCUUGAUCACUUGCGCACUUACCCUAUUCUCUAGCUUCACUUCAGCAAUACCACAUAAAGUUGAUAACGUUGUACUACCUGUGGAAGCCUUCUCACCCUUGAUAGCCCAAAAGAUCCUGGCCACAGCUCAAUCAACUCAAUCUCCGUCAAAGUAUCCUCAAUAUACUGAUCGCGGUGUCGGCGCUUGGCAGUUCUUCUCUCCCGAUACUUGGACGACAGGAUUCUUCCCUUCGACUCUUUACGCGUUAAGUACGCGUGCGAAGUUGUGUAAGGGUGACAGGAGUCUGGAUGGUACAGAUUGGUUGGGGUUGGCAAGAAGGUGGAGUGCGGCAGAGAUUCCGCUUGAGACGAAGACUGGAGUCGGACAUGAUGUUGGGUUCUUGAGCUUUCCGUUCAUGGAUGAACUUGACGUGAACCCAGAUAACCAGACCGCGAUCGCCGCAGUGAACAAGUUUGCUACGGCGCUUGCUGCACGCUAUAACCCAAUUGUGGGUUGCACGAGAAGUUGGGAUGCGGCAGAUCCUACAGACUUCCAGGUCAUCAUCGACAACAUGAUGAACUUACAGGUCCUCUUCGCUUCAUACGCUUUGACGAAGAACGAAACUCUACGUGAUAUCGCUAUCUCGCACGCGAAGAAGACUAUGAUUAACCACCUUCGACCUGAUGGUUCAUCAUUCCAUGUUGUCGAUUAUAACUCUACGACUGGCGCCGUCAUUGAUCAGAGAACUUCCCAGGGCUUCGCUGACAACAGUACGUGGAGCCGUGGUCAAGCCUGGGGCAUCUACGGGUUUGCCAAUAUGUACAAGAACACCCAAAUCUUCGACUUCCUCGAGACCGCGCGCCGUAUGGCACAAUAUUUUCUCGAUAAUAUGCCUUCUGACGGAAUCGUGCCAUGGGAUUUCAACGCGCCGCUAAACCCUCCCCGUCCGGCUGAUACCUCAGCAGCUAUGAUCGCUGCGAAUGGUCUCAUCUUACUUGCUCAGCAAGAGUUGACGCUUCACCCACCAAACAUCGUAGGCUCUACAACGUACCUUGCUUCUGCAAUCGAUAUCAUCAAGAAGACAACGACUUUGGCAUGGAAGCCGUCAUGGCAGAGUUUGUUGUCAAACGGAACUGUCAAUAAUCCUGCGCGUAAUAAUUUAACUGGCAUCGUCUACGGUACGUCAUGCGUUUACAAAAGCUUCACGUUGACAUUACUCAAGUUGACUUUUAGGUGACUACUAUUUUAUCCGUGCCGCCAAUGAGCUUGUUUCGAUGGGCUUGACGCCCUGUUGAUCUUGAAGCACAAGACAAAUUCACCGAUCAUCCACGUCAUGAUUUUCUAUGUCUCGAUGUGAUUGUAGGACUGUAUCUAUUUGAUGGCAAUCUGGGAGAACACCAAUAUAUCUUUGCAACAAGCUC